UCAAAGAAGUCAGAGGACUGGAGGGACAGUUUUAACAUUAGGGGAGUCGUGCAGCUCAGACAGACAGUUCAGUCGAGCUCUCUUUGUUGGACAUCUGACGGGCUGGAUGCCAUGGACCCGCUGCUACCCGCAGACGCGGAGGUGAUGGAGCGAGAGGCGGACAAGGAUGCGAGGAGGAAGAUCCAGUUCUCGGUGCCUUCCUCCGUGCCAACCCAACUGGACCCGCGACAGGUGGAGAUGAUCCGACGUCGGAGGCCGACACCAGCCACACUCUUCAGAUUGACAGACCCACCAUCACCAGAUGAAGAACUCGGCCCUCAUCAGUGGGUUCUGGGGGAAAAUGGAGCCUUGAAAGCCAAACUGGUUCACACGACAACCUACCAGCCACCCUCACUUAAAGCUGUCCAGAGGAUGGCCCAGGCCCACCUGGCCUCCCUAGACAUGUCUUCUGUGGACAAAGAGGAUCCUUCUUCUGAGGAGGAAGAGGAGAAAUCAGAGAAGGAGAGCCAGCAGACAGCCUCAGCUACAGAUCUCAGGGAAGAAAGCAAACCUUACAGGGAUCAGUGUGCACCGCCGGACAGUUUGACAGUUCACAACAGAGACGAAGACGAGGCCAAAGAAAGACAGGAAGGAAAAGGAGAAUGACAAAAGAACAGGGCUCCGAUGGAGACAGAGUGUCAGUGUGGAACAGACUUGCAUAGCACACAAAUGGGUUUCGUGUGUGUGCAUGGGUGCACGUAUGAGUGUGUGUUAUUUGGGUCUGUGAGUGUGUGCAUGCAUGCGACAAAAGAAUUGAAUGUGGAAAAGAGAGAGAAAGGUCAGAAUAUUAAUGAGCUGGUAUAUGUUCAACCCGAGACUUGUGACGGAAAUCACAGCGCGGUCAGCUGAGGAAGUCAGGGCUAAAUUCCAGUCAGCCAAGGACACUGCACAAGAAAUAUGAGAAAUGCACAGAGCUGUGGCAUUUUCUCAAACAAGCAAAUGCAUUUUCUUCAUUUUUUUUUGUAGGUUCAGGAUUUAAUAGAGACUUGCUUCUUUCCAGAAAGCUAUAUCCACGUGUGAAGAAUCAGUUUUUGAAUCACCUUCAUAUACAUAAUGUACAGGACAUGUCACAUAGUGAUACUGGUGCUAAGCCACACAUCUUCAAAACUUAAAAAGAGCACAUGAUGCACACACCUCAAGAUAAGAUAAGCCAACAUAUAAGAUACAUACUGUACAAAUGAUCUUAUACGUAUUUUACAAACAUGUUAGAUUCUAUUUUAUUUGUUGUGCAAAAAUGUUUGACAGCCCUGAUGAGUUUUUUUUGUCCUGGGGUGAUUAUAUGACCCGCAGAUAUGACACUAUAGAUACCAGAAGUGAAGCCAAGUCACAUGACUUGGACUUGAGCCUGACUCGAGUCACAAGACACAAGACAAGACUUUAGAAUCUUGAUAAAAUAAAAAAAGGUUUGCAACUGGACUUGGACUUCAACACCAAAAACCUGUGACUUCACGUGGAAUUGAGCCUUUUGAUUCGAGAAUUUGAGGCCUUCCCCCAGAGCCCAAAGAUUAAAAGUAUGUUAUUUGAAAUAUGUGCCACGAAUCAAUUUACCUUAAUUCCCUGAAUCAACAAACACUAGCGCAAUUACCAGCAAGUCAACACUUUGCAGAUUUGCUUUGUUUGAGCCGAUUCUACAACAUCAAAUUAAGUUGCAGGAGAGAAUCAUGA